AUGCGGGCCAUUUUAUUAGGAAGUACAGGGCUUGUUGGGUCCCUGGCAUUGAAGAUCUUGAACGAAUGUAAGGAAAUCGACUCUAUAUUCACAGUAAGCAGAAGGGCUCCAAAGGUUGAAGGAAGCAAAAUUGACAGUGUAAUUGAAAAAGAUAGUGACGUUUGGGGUGACAUAAUUCGAAAGCAAAAGGAUAAUGAUGUCUUCAUCAGUGCGUUUGGAACUACCAAGAAACUUGCUGGGGGAAACGAGGGCUUUUUGAAGAUCGAUUAUGGCAUUAACUACGACGCAGCUAAGGCUGCGAAAGAUGCUGGUGUCAAGACAUUUGUUCUAGUUUCCUCUGGAGCAGCCUCUUCUCUGUCCCCCUUCUUUUACCUCAAGACGAAAGGUAAGCUAGAGGACGAUAUUGUAGCAUUGAAGUUUCCCAGAACAAUUAUUAUCAGACCUGGAGUUUUGUUGGGCGAACGUGAAGCCUCUCACGGAUUCUUUGAAAGCUCUUUGGUGAAGGUGGCGCUGUUGGUGAAGAAUAGCGUGUUUGCUUUUCCAUUGUACCCAGCUUACGACGAGGAGGUUGCAAAAGCUGCUAUUUUUACGGCACUUGAGCCGCUCAAGUCCACUGAACCAGAAGUGGUCAUAGUGCUGGGAACCGAGGUGAACAAGACGGCAAAGGAAUAUGAUGCCAAAUAUUCAGGUAGUACGUGA